AUGUAUCUUUCUAUUUUCUUUUUCCUCCUAAUAUGGGCUCAAGCCCUGACAUUGAAAAACUUGAAUUACUCUGUCCCAGAAGAACAAGGUCCAGGAACAGUAAUUGGAAACAUUGCCAAAGAUGCCAGACUGGGAUUGGAACAGAUUGGGCAGGGAGGACAAGGAAAGAAAGCCAACUUUAGGGUGUUGGAGAAUUCAGCACCACAUCUUAUUGAUGUUGACCCCCAGAGUGGACUUCUCUAUACAAAGCAACGCAUUGACCGAGAAACAUUGUGUAAGAGAAAUCUCAAGUGCCAGCUUUCCAUGGAAGUGUUUGCCAAUGACAAGGAGAUCUGCAUGAUUAAAAUUGACAUCCAAGACAUUAAUGACAACUCGCCUGUUUUCCCUUCAGAUCAAAUUGAUAUUGACAUAUCUGAAAAUGCAGUUCCGGGGACACGCUUCCCUUUGACCAGCGCUCACGAUCCAGAUGCAGGGGAAAAUGGUCUUAAAACCUAUCAGAUAACACGUGAUGACUACAAUCUAUUUUCCUUGGAGGUAAAAUCACGUGGGGAUGGAACAAAAUUCCCAGAAUUGGUUAUUCAAAGACCUCUUGACCGGGAAGAAAGAAACCACCACACACUUAUAUUAUCUGCCACUGAUGGUGGGGAGUAUCCUCGGUCUGGUACCAUGCAGAUAAAUGUCAAAGUUAUUGAUUCCAAUGACAACAGCCCUGCGUUUGACCAGCCAGCUUAUGUUGUUGAAAUUCCUGAAAAUGCACCUCCUGGUAAAGUCUUGAUUGAUUUAAAUGCCACGGAUCCUGAUGAGGGCAACAAUGGACAAGUAGUCUAUUCUUUUAGUGGCUAUGCCCCAGAGAGAAUCCGGGAGCUGUUUUCAAUAGAUCCUAGAACAGGGGUUAUAAAGAUUCAGGGCGAAAUAGAUUAUGAGGAGAGUCCAGUUAUUGAGAUUGACGUCCAGGCAAAAGACCUUGGACCCAAUCCGAUCCCGGGCCAUUGUAAAGUCACUGUUAAAGUGCAAGACCGUAAUGAUAACUGGCCCUCUAUUGGCUUUGUGUCCGUACGACAGGGAGCCAUCAGUGAAGCAGCACCUCCAGGCACUGUUAUUGCACUGGUUCGUGUCACUGACAAGGACUCCGGCAGGAAUGGGCAGCUUCAAUGCAGAGUGCUGGGUAAUGUUCCCUUUAAGCUGGAGGAGAACUAUGAUAACUUCUACACAGUGGUGACAGACAGACCACUGGACAGAGAGGCACAAGAUGAGUAUAAUGUCACCAUCGUGGCCAAAGACAAUGGCAUUCCACCUCUAAACUCAACCAAAUCAUUCACUGUAAAAAUUCUGGAUGAAAAUGACAAUGUCCCUCGCUUUACCAAGUCAGUUUACCUUCUCCAAAUACCAGAGAACAACAUUCCAGGGGAGUUUUUGGGUUCAGUUCUUGCUCAUGAUCCAGAUUUAGGCCAGAAUGGCACAGUUUACUAUAGCAUUAUUAAUUCCAAUGUGAGUGGCGGUGAUGUCAAUACUUUUGUAAAUGUGAAUGCAGCCAACGGAGCCAUAUAUGCAGUAAGGUCGUUUAACUAUGAGCAAAUAAAAUAUUUUGAUUUCAAAGUUCUUGCCCGAGAUGCUGGCUCGCCACACCUAGAAAGCAACGCUACAGUGCGCAUCAGUGUUCUGGAUGUCAAUGAUAACAUACCUGUCAUCGUGCUACCCCUUCUACAAAAUGACACUGCUGAAAUCCACGUACCAAGGAAUGUUGGUGUUGGCUACAUUGUCACAACAGUGAGAGCAGUGGAUAAUGACUAUGGUGAAAGCGGGAGGCUUACGUAUGAGAUCUCUGAUGGGAAUGAAGAGCGUCUUUUUGAUAUAGAUCCAGUGACUGGCGAAGUGCGAACAUCUCACCCUUUCUGGGAUAAUGUGAACCCAAUUGUUGAGCUGAUCAUCCGUGUAUCGGACCAUGGCAAGCCAACCCUCACUGCUGCUGCUAGGCUCAUCAUUAAGGCCUCCAAUGGACAUCCUGCUGAUGGACUGCUGCAUGUGGACGACCAUCAGAACUGGGAUAUGUCACUGCCUCUCAUCGUAACUCUUAGUAUAAUAUCAAUCAUGCUUUUGGCUGCCAUGGUCACCAUAGCGGUCAAGUGCAAGAGGGAGAAUAAGGAGAUACGAACCUAUAACUGUCGCAUUGCAGAAUAUUCACAUCCACAGCUGGGGAAAGGCAAGAAAAAGAAGAUUAACAAGAACGACAUCAUGCUGGUGCAGAGCGAGGUGGAGGAGCGGGAUGCCAUGAAUGUGAUGAAUGUGGUAAGCAGUCCUUCCUUGGCCACCUCUCCUAUGUACUUUGACUACCAGACACGCCUGCCACUCAGCUCACCAAGAUCAGAGGUCAUGUACCUUAAGCCCACUUCCAAUAACCUCAGCGUGCCCCAAGGCCACGUGGGAUGCCACACCAGCUUCACAAGCCCAGUCACCAGCACAACAGACACACCUACUAACCGCAUGUCCAUCAUACAGACGGACAGUUUCCCCACUGAGCCUAAUUACAUGGGAAGCAGACAACAGUUUGUUCAAAGUAGUUCAACAUUCAAAGACCCAGAGCGAGCGAGCCUUAGAGACAGUGGCCAUGGUGACAGCGACCAAGCUGACAGUGACCAGGACACUAACAAAGGCUCCUGCUGUGACAUGUCUGCAAAGGAAGCGCUCAAGUUGAAGGCUACAUGUGUUAGACCACCUCCGUUGGAACAAGAUGAGGACUGUUUGAAUUGUACUGAAGAGUGCCGAGUACUGGGUCAUUCUGACCGCUGCUGGAUGCCGCAGUUCCCUGCUGGAGGAAACCAGGCAGAGGGUGUUGAUUACCGCAACAACAUGUUUGUGCCAGCAGGGAUGGAGAGCGUGCCUGAGACAGAAAGCUACGAGACUGUCAACCCCAAUGGCAAAAAAACAUUCUGUACAUUUGGUAAGGAGCGCCGUGAUCACACCAUCCUCAUAGCAAAUGUCAAACCUUAUUUAAAGGCAAAACGAGCCCUCAGCCCAUUGCUCCAAGAGGUUCCCUCAGCACCAGACAGUCCAGUCAAGGGCUGUUCCACCACAUGUUCUUCAGUAAAGAGUCCGGCUGAUGGCGCUGAAGGCAAGCCUCCUCUUGCCACCUGUUCUGGCUACUAUGGACCUCCUGACGGCCAAUACCUCUCACCCACCAAACAAAACAGGGAGCAUGGGGUGUACCCGCUGUUGCCUCCUUCAGACCCAGUGGCCAAGGUACUUGCCGAGGCCCGCUCCAGAAUCAGUCAAGAGACCAGAGGAGAAAUGGAGUGUGUGCUGGAACAGGUGGAGCCUGAUUUGAGCCGUGAUGGAAUGGAUGCAGACCAGGUGGUAAGAGACAUUGACAAGCUUUUGCAGGACUGCAGAGGAAGUGAGGCUACUGGCACACUGAGGAAGUGA